AUGAUACUUCUCAUAUGGUUGUCGUUGUUGUCAUAUACGGUGGGUGUAAUCGCUUUGAAACCUCCUCAUCUUGAUGACUUUUAUGAACCUCCCAAAAAAUACCAUGGAACACGGUUGGGAGAAAUAUUAAAAGUUAGACAACCCCCAGCUUCAGUCCGUUCAUAUCUUGCUCCCGUCGAUGCAAUCUCAUGGCAACUUCUCAUCCGGUCUGAAGACUCUUUUGGUAACCCCAACGCAAUUUCAGCAACAAUAUUGGAGCCACAAGAUUCUGACUCGACUAGAAUAUUAGCUUAUCAAGCUUUUGAAAAUUCUGCCACUGGUGAUUGCCGCCCCUCAUAUGCUAUCCUCGCUGGAUCGUUUGAAACUUUUCAAAUACAAGCAGAACUUGCAUUUGUUUCCAUGGCUUUGUCCAAAGGAUGGUUUGUACUAAUACCAGACUAUGAAGGACCUCAUCUGUCUUUCCCAGCGGCGAAAAUAUCAGCAUUUUCAGUGAUGAACUCCAUGAGAGCAGCCAAGACGUUUAUCAACAGAGACGCGCAUUUUGCGAUGUUGGGGUACUCUGGUGGAGCCUUUGCAUCUGCUUGGACUGCAAUUCUUCAACCUCAAUAUGCGCCGGAAUUAAAAAUUGUGGGUGCGGCAAUGGGAGGUACAAUUGCAAACAUUAGUGCAAUGGUGGAAACUGUUGAUGGAGGACCAUACGCUGGUCUUGUGGUGAACAUUUUGAAUGGGUUGGGGAAUGAGUACCCUAGAUUCAAAUAUGCAAUACAUAGGUAUGGGUUGAAUUUAAGAAAUUAUUGCUUAGUUUCAGCUGCAAUCCAUUAUUUUGGCUCCAAAUUCAAUGUUGACGUUUACAAAAACUUUUUGCAAAAUGGAAUCAUCAAGUACUACUUUGGCAAGAAUAGUCUUUUGGGCAAAAAGGCACCAAAAAUACCCAUCUUCAUUUUCCACUCAAUGUUAAAUGAAAUGUCGCCGAUUAGUGAAGUGUAUAAAUUGGUGAAUCAAUGGUGUGCACAAGGUGUGGAGUUGCAAUUUACCGAGGACUUGAGUUAUAAUCACAUGGUGGAAGCAUUCACUGGGAUUCCAGCAGCAUUAACAUGGUUGGAUGACAGGUUUGAGCUGAAACCAAUGCCCAAAAAAUGUGUAAAGGAAAAGAGGAUAUCAAAUUUGAUGUACCCAGGUAGCUCUGCAUUGAUCAAACAACAUUUCAAGUAUUCUGCAUUGCUAAUGAUGUCGAAAUUGAAUAUUUUUUCAUAA